AUGUCCGUAGCACCGUCGGUUCUGUCUUCAUCCGUGACAGUCAUCCACGAGGAAGGACUAUCCAUAUACCAGCUCGAAAACACCCUAGAACAGGCGGGGUUCGACAUAUGCGACAUGACAAACGAUUCAUCACAGCCGGGACCGGAACACAAGACACAUGUCACGAGCAACAAUGAUAUUGGUUACCUCGACCGGUUCAUUCAUAAAUUCCCGUCCGACAGGAAUUCACCGGUAAAAUCAAAAUAUCCUGCUCGGCACAUUGAUAAUUGUGAAGCGUGUCGUUUACUAGACAAUAAAGGACAAGAUGGUCCCAGUUCAAGUUCAACUUCCCUUCCCUCCAACUCCGGUGAAAAUGGAGCUCAAAGGCCAAAGAUGGAGAAGUCCCCGACAUCCUCCUUGGUCAUUGUUCCAGUACCCGGAGAGAAAUUCAGAGCGACGUUAGCGAUUGGUGGCAUGACUUGCGCUGCUUGUGUUGGGACCAUCACCGAGGAACUGGAGAAAAAAGAUUGGAUUGAGAAGGUCAUCGUCAAUCUAAUUUCCAAUAGUGCAACGAUUGAUUUUGUCGAGGAAAAGAACAAGGAUCGCCUCGUGGAAAGCAUCGAGGACCUUGGAUUCGAUGCCGUGGUUGAUAACAUUGUCAAUAUCGAAAACCUCUAUCAAGCAGCCCCAAAAGCUGUCGUCCGCCGGAAUGUCGAGAUUUUGGUGGAUGGUAUGUUUUGCCAACACUGCCCGAGUAGAGUUAUGAAAGCAAUCGAAGAUCUGGGGGACAAUGUCAAAAUUGAUGGAUCUUUGAAUCUUCAAAACCAGAUUCUCAAGCUCAGCUACACCCCGGACGCACCCACAUUCACAAUCCGCACCAUCAUCGAGACAAUUUCUGCAGUGGACCCUUCCAUUAUUUCCUCAAUAUACCACCCUCCCACGCUUGAAGAACGAUCCAGACAACUUCAUAGGCGGGAACAGCUGCGGAUCCUCAUUCGUGUCAUUCUUACGCUCGUGAUUGCCAUUCCCACCCUGGUUAUUGGCAUUGUGUAUAUGAGUCUGGUUAGCAAAGAUAAUCAUAGUCGAAUGUGGCUUAUGAAACCACUUCACGCUGGUGUUAGUAGAGCACAAUGGGCACUCUUCAUCAUGGCAACACCAGUUUAUUUUCUAUGCGCAGACGUUUUCCACGUUCGAGCAUUCAAAGAGGUCCGGGCGAUGUGGCGACGAGGGAGCAAAACACCAUAUUUGCAACGAUUCCUUCGAUUUGGAAGCAUGAAUAUGCUAAUGUCACUUGGAACCUCGAUCGCCUAUAUUUCAUCCACAGCACAACUUAUUGCUGCCGGCGUUGCUGCUAGCUUAUGGCGCUCUUUAGAACCGAUGAAACCGAUCGACGAGAGCACGUUUUAUUUCGACUCCGUGGUAUUCCUUACUCUAUUCCUACUCAUUGGGCGCCUUAUCGAAUCAUAUAGUAAAUCGAAAACUGGAGAUGCUGUUACUAUGCUUGGGAAACUCAGACCUACAGUAGCAUUGCUGGUUAGUCCUCUAGCAAGCGAUUCCGAGUCAAUUGGCGGAACUACUACCGUGGAAUCGAAUAGUAAGAUGCCGCAGUCGGAAAAACUAAAUACAGUCAACGUGGAUCUUCUUGAGUUUGGCGAUACUGUGAAGGUACUUCACGGUGGUUCGCCGCCUUGUGAUGGAACUCUUAUCCAAGGAGAGACCAAGUUUGACGAAUCCAGUCUUACAGGAGAGUCAAGACUCGUCAAGAAAGUCAUCGGUGACGAGGUUUUUUCUGGAACAGUCAACAAGGGUUCACCGGUAACUAUCAAGAUUACGGGCGUUGCUGGUUCGUCCAUGCUUGAUCAAAUAGUUAAAGCAGUUCGCGAAGGACAGACCCGUCGUGCUCCGAUAGAACGCAUUGCGGAUUCUCUGACCAGUUACUUUGUUCCUGCUGUCACACUCAUUGCAAUCAUCACUUGGAUCACUUGGUUAUCACUGGGUCUCUCAGGAGCGUUACCUAAACACUGGCGGGAACAGGAUUCUGGUGGAUGGACUGCUUGGUCUCUUCAAUUUGCCAUUGCUGUUUUUGUCGUGGCCUGUCCCUGUGGGUUGGCUCUCGCUGCACCAACUGCUCUUUAUGUUGGCGGGGGUCUUGCUGCCCGAUACGGUAUUCUCGUCAAAGGUGGUGGUGAAGCAUUUGAGAAAGCUAGUAGACUGGACUGCAUUGUUUUCGACAAAACCGGAACUCUCACGGUUGGUGGUGAACCCGUUAUUACCGAUUCAAAGAUUUUUCCUGUAACUGCCAAGUUCGGAGUGGAUGGUACAAUUUCUGAUAGCACGAUCCUUGGAAUGAUCAGAUCCAUCGAAGAAAACAGUAGCCAUACCGUCGCCAAAGCAAUCAAGACAUUCUGCAACGAACAAGAAACACAGAGUCCAAGUUUAGGUCAAAUCGAUGAGAUCGCUGGCAAGGGAAUGCAUGGCACAUUUUCCGUUCGCGAGUCGGAGCAGGUGCAUAUGUUAGUCGGCAACGAAGUGCUGAUGAAUGAGAACAAUGUAGCUAUUUCCGUAUCUACUCAGGCGGUAUUGGAAUCAUGGAAAUCACAAGGUCGAUCGGUUGCACUCGCAGCCGUUACCUCGACGGAGAAACCGGGAUCAUGGGAACUUGCAGCCAUCUUCGCCAUUUCUGACCCCAUUCGGCCCGAGGCACCAAGUAUCAUUCAAGCUCUUCAGAUACGAGGUACUGCAGUCUGGAUGCUAUCUGGAGACAAUCAGAUCACAGCCAAUGCCAUCGGAGCACAAGUAGGAAUCCCAGCUGAGAACAUCAUUGCAGGGGUCCUGCCUAGUGAGAAAGCAGACCAAAUCCGCUACCUUCAGAAAUGUCUCAAAGCCACUACAUCCUCGGGUAAAGACCACAUCGAGAAACGAGCACUUAUUGCUAUGGUGGGAGAUGGAAUCAAUGACUCUCCUGCCCUUACGACAGCCGAUGUGGGUAUCGCCAUCGGUUCAGGCUCUGACAUCGCCAUCUCGUCCGCGGAAUUCGUGCUCGUUUCUAGUAAUCUGACCUCCCUCAUCACUCUUUUGGACCUGAGUCGCUUUGUCUUCCGAAGAAUCAAAUUUAACUUUGUCUGGGCUUUGGUCUAUAAUAUGAUUGCGCUUCCCGUCGCGGCAGGCGUGCUGUACCCGCUCGAGAAAGAUGGAAAGCAUGUCCGUCUUGAUCCGGUCUGGGCGAGUUUGGCGAUGGCGGCUAGUAGUAUUAGUGUGGUUUGUAGUAGUCUUCUGCUGAGAAGUAGAAUUCCUUGGGUAGGCUUUAGGGUUGCGAGAUUUGAGGAUUUGGAGGUUGAGGGAGAGGAAUGA